GAGGCGGCUGGAGCGGCUGCUCGGCCCGGGGCGGACGGCGGCCGCGGCGGAGGCGGCGGCGUCUCUGGCGAUAUGUGCGGCGGACGGGGAUGCAUUUGGCUGGUUCUGGCCGCGGCGCUGCUGCACGUGUCCCUGCAAGGCGAGUUCCAGAGGAGGCUGUACAAGGAGCUGGUAAAGAACUACAACCCGCUGGAGAGGCCGGUGGCCAACGACUCGCAGCCGCUCACCGUGUACUUCUCCCUGAGCCUCCUGCAGAUCAUGGAUGUGGAUGAGAAGAACCAAGUUUUAACCACUAACAUUUGGCUGCAAAUGUCUUGGACAGAUCACUAUUUGCAGUGGAACAUGUCCGAAUACCCCGGAGUGAAGAAUGUUCGCUUCCCAGAUGGCCAGAUUUGGAAACCAGAUAUUCUGCUCUAUAACAGUGCCGAUGAGCGGUUUGAUGCCACAUUCCACACCAAUGUCUUGGUGAAUGCAUCUGGGCAUUGCCAGUAUCUUCCUCCAGGCAUAUUCAAGAGCUCCUGCUAUAUUGAUGUGCGCUGGUUCCCAUUUGAUGUGCAGCAGUGCAAACUGAAGUUUGGGUCCUGGUCCUAUGGAGGGUGGUCCCUGGACCUGCAGAUGCAGGAAGCAGAUAUCAGCAGCUAUAUCCCCAAUGGAGAAUGGGAUCUCAUGGGCAUCCCUGGCAAGAGGAAUGAAAAGUUCUAUGAAUGCUGCAAAGAGCCAUACCCAGAUGUCACCUAUACAGUGACCAUGCGCCGCAGGACGCUCUACUAUGGUCUCAACCUGCUCAUCCCCUGCGUGCUCAUCUCGGCCCUGGCUCUGCUGGUGUUCCUGCUCCCUGCAGACUCUGGGGAGAAAAUCUCCCUUGGAAUAACUGUCUUGCUUUCUCUGACUGUCUUCAUGCUGCUUGUGGCUGAGAUCAUGCCUGCCACAUCUGAUUCUGUGCCCUUGAUAGCACAAUACUUCGCCAGCACCAUGAUCAUCGUGGGCCUGUCUGUGGUGGUGACGGUGAUUGUGCUGCGGUAUCAUCACCAUGAUCCUGAUGGUGGCAAAAUGCCCAAGUGGACCAGGAUCAUUCUUCUGAACUGGUGUGCGUGGUUCCUGCGGAUGAAGAGGCCUGGGGAGGACAAGGUGCGGCCAGCCUGUCAGCACAAGGCUCGCCGUUGCAGUCUGGCCAGCGUGGAGCUGAGCGCAGGUGCUGGGCCACCCACCAGCAAUGGCAACCUACUCUACAUCGGCUUCCGAGGCCUGGAGGGCGUGCACUGCGCCCCGACUCCAGACUCUGGGGUUGUGUGCGGUCGUCUGGCCUGCUCCCCGACACACGAUGAGCAUCUCCUGCAUGGUGCCCACCCCUCCGAUGGGGACUCUGACCUGGCCAAGAUCCUGGAGGAGGUCCGCUACAUUGCCAACCGCUUCCGCUGCCAGGAUGAGAGCGAGGUGGUCUGCAGUGAGUGGAAGUUUGCAGCCUGUGUGGUGGACCGCUUGUGCCUCAUGGCCUUUUCGGUCUUCACCAUCAUCUGCACCAUUGGCAUCCUCAUGUCGGCCCCAAACUUCGUGGAGGCUGUCUCCAAAGACUUUGCUUGAUGGCACCACAUAGGGCAUGCACAGAUAGGAGAAGUAUCUGGGAGGUGAGACUUGGAUCCCUAACCCCAUGUCAUGCCAAAUGGAACAACUCUAAAGUAUCUGUGUGGCUGUCAGUCUUUAGUCUUAGUUUCCUGGUUACUUUAACGAAAGAGAUUCCAACACCCUUCUGUUUUUAUCUUCUCAUACUUGCCGUUGUCACAUCCUUGUCCUCAGCAGGGGCACGCGUGGUCAUUUCCUCCCUCUGCACUGCCCUAUAGGGCAGCUCUCACUGGUUCUAAUCGGCCAGUAAUGGCCUGUCCAGUCGGUGUUCCGUGCCUGCAUGCCCCUUGUCAUGGGCUCACACACCAGAAUUUACUGUCUGCUUGUGCCAUGCACAGACCCAGGCUGAAACGAAGGCUGAGCAACACUCACUGGGUUCAUUUCAACAACUUCCUCGUGAAAGGAAGGCAAACACAAGUUCAAUUCUCUGCCAGCUUUUCUGUGAUUUAACUUAACUUUUUUUUCUUUUGUCUUUUUGUCUUUACUAAUGACCGACUUUGUAUCAGAAAAUUGGCCUUCUAGAUGAUGUUUUGAGCAAGCUGAUUCCUGUAGAUCUGCACUGUCAAUGAAAUUAGCACCCAGGUUGUAUCAUUUCUAAACUAGGACUAGCGCUAGCUAAAGCGUUUGAAAGCUGUGACCCUGUAGGUUCCAAGCUUCAUACUGCACCAGUGUCCCAAGGAAUUGAGUUUGUUUUAUUGUGCAAAAGCUGAAAGGGAAAUAGAGUUUUGAGUGUUAACGAGAGAGUAACUGACUCUCAGAUAAACCUUUGUGUGUGUGUGUUUUUUAAUAUAUAUAUUUAUUUAUUAUGUAUACAAUAUUCUGUCUGUGUGUAUGUCUUCAGGUUAGAAGAGGGCACCAGACCCCAUUACAGAUGGUUGUGAGCCACCAUGUGGUUGCUGGGCUUUGAACUCAGGACCUUUGGAAGAGCAGGCAAUGCUCUUAACCGCUGAGCCAUCUCUCCAGCCCCUAUGUGUGUGUUUUUAAUGAGCGUGUUAGCUGCUCUGUGUGUCAGACUUCGCUAGUCGUAGAAGUCUGUGCAUUUGUACAACUGCGCCCCACCAAGUGAAUGUAUCCUGUGUUUUUCCCUCACGUUGGGGCCAGAGAGAAGAAGUCGAGAUCUUUCUGGGCUACUGUGUGACAGGAGCUGAGGAGAGGAGAUGUAGCUGGUGACUCGUAUAGAUGGAUCUUGGUCUCCGGAGCUGCCUUCCAUAGCUCCAGGUGCAAAGCUGCUUCGGGGUCAGUGCGUGGAUCCACUGGAGAUGGAUGAGGGGGUGUUGUUGUUUGUGCUUUUUUUCUCUUCUGAGUUAGGGUCUCGCUGUGUAGCUCAUACUGGUCUGCUUGCACUUCAUGUCUUGUUUGUUGAUGGGGUCUGAGGAUUGUUCACCAAGAAAAACUUAAUGUUGUCGAUUUUCUCAAAGCUUAAAAACUAUACCAAGCUCCCAAACUCCCCCCAAAAUUUAAUUUUCUGACUCCAGAGAUGAAAUCAUGAGGGAAGAUUGCAUUUUUCAAGACAAAAUAAGUAAAUAAAUACAAAUACAUAAAUAACACUUUUCCUCAGCCAUUAAUUUUGCUGCAGGAAGAUGAAGGCUUGGUGGUACCCUGUGUAUAUGUGGGCAUGUGUGUGUCUGCACUGUGUGUGUGUGUGUUUGUGUGUGUGUGUGUGUGUGUGUGACUGAAUAAAGGAGAUAGUAUAGAGUGACGUGGCAAAUCUGGAGACUUUGUUGGUUUCAGCACUCACCAUCUGGAGCAAGAUCUUUCCCAGCAUGCAUCUGUUACAUCCAGUAUCAACAAAUGAUGCACAUUUUUUUUUUUACUGGUGUCAUGCUUUUUUAUUAAAGUAACUGGAAACACAUAGGUGUGUUUUGGUACCUAAAGACCAGGCUUUGUGUCUUUUUGUUAGUUAAAAAUUGAACCCUAGCCUUUGCUUCAACUAUCUGAGUAAUUAUUGCCAUUUUAAAAAUAAUGGUAGAGACUAGCUGUGCUCAUAGUUAGAAGAUGUGUAUGGUUCAAUUUCCCAUUUCCUCCUAGGAACAGUUUUAGAGGAAGAAGGAAAAGGUGGGGACAGAGAGGGAGGAGAGUGUGGAGAGACUUUGCUGUUGUUUUCCUAGAACUCUUGCUUGAAAGGUGCUUUGCAUUUAGUGUUUUGUCCUAGAGAGCUUUCUGUAAGGACAUCUAAAGGUCUACCUCAUUCCUUUUGAGAGCUGCUUAGUGUUCCACUCCAUUGGUGGUUUACAAUUUGUUGGAUUAACCUUUUAGUGGUGAGAACGUAGAGACAGUAUUUCCAGGUUUAGUGGUGAGCAUGUAGCUACAGCAUUUCCAGGUUUAGUGGUGAGCAUGUAGCUACAGCAUUUCCAGGUUUAGCGGUGAGCAUGUAGCUACAGCAUUUCCAGGUUUAGUGGUGAGCAUGUAGCUACAGUAUUUCCAGGUUUAGUGGUGAGCGCGUAGCUACAGCAUUUCCAGGUUUUAUUUUUAUACACAAGUCUGUAGUUAGCUUUUUAGUGCAUACUUUGCCAUAUUCUUUUCUGACUUUAUCUUGGUAUAAAUUCCAGAUUAGAGAUGGAUGUGCAUUUAGACUUCUGAUAAAUAUUUCCAGAUGGUUCUCUGUGGUCAGUGGGUAACCCUACCCAGAGUACAAUUAAAGGGUCAGAUGCUCAGCUCUCUGGUGUUAAAUAUUUUCCUAUUUAAUUUUUCCCUUCCCAAUCAGAUUGGUAAAAAAUGAUAAGGCAACAAUAUUCUGAUUUUAGUUCAUUUAACCAUGAGCAAGGUUGAAUUUUUCAUAUAUAUUUUGCUAAUUUCAAUUUUAUAUUCUAUCUUUUAUACAAAUUUCAGUUUUUUAUUCUCUUAAUCUUUGUUUGGCAUUUGUUUUUGAUACUAUUUAUUGAGUGCAUAUAUAUUGACAUAUAUUCAAACUCUAUGCUGCUAGUUUAUACAUGGUUUCCAUUGUAGAAUGUAAGAUUGCCCUCUAGAAGGUCUUCCCUGUGUUGAGUUUACAAAUAAAUUUACUCCAUUUUCUUUCUAAACCAGUGUUUUCAUUUGUUUACCUUUAUAACUUUUGAUUCUUUAAGAUUCAUUAUAAGAAAGGUAGAUAAAGAUUUAGUUGUUUUUCUCCAAGGGUGGUCACUAGUACACUAGACAUACAAUAAAAUACUUCUAUAAUAUGAGACUCUUCCCUCUGGUCAGAUUGUCACCUUCUAUGUAAAUUAAGUUUCUCGAAGUGCUGUUGUGUUUUGUUGAUUAAUCUGCCUCGAUGCUCUUGAUUUCCAAAGCUUUGCUCGUAUUAGUAUUAAUAUUUUCAAGUGGAUACUCUCUGCUGCUCCCUCCCCCUUCCUCUGUGUGUUAUCAGCAUCUAAUUGGGGUCACAAUGGGUUUACACAGCAGGUCUUCUUGUCUGGGAACUGCACGAUUUCAACUUGUAUUCAAAUCUAAUUUUAUAUAGUAAAUAGGACUGUUCAGGAAAGUCCUACGAAUUUCUUGCUGUUUAUUUCUGGGUAUCUUACCGGGUGGUCACCAUUUUCGGUUGGAUGGCAUUGAUUCUGUUUUCUAGCUGAAGGUAUAGGAAAGUAGUUGAAUUCUGUAUGUUAAUGUUAAUUAGUCACUAUAAUCAUGAUCAUUUUGUUUCUAAGAUUUUCUUUUAACUCAUCCUUCCCAAUAUCUUUGUUUCCCUUUCUAUCCAAUCGCACUUGGGACCAGUAAUUGGCUUGUCUGCAUACUUGCCUUGUUCUUAACGUUGAUGGAUAUUUUAAUGACUCACAGUUUUACUUGUAUGGAGACAUGUAUUUUCUUCAUCACAAUAAAAGUUAUCUGUGUAUCCUCUCAACGAUUACUGCUCUCUGGGGAAAAUGGGGAUAGUAUCUUUCUGUCAAAGCCUUCCCAGGGUUCAUAGAAAGGAUCGGAAAUUUCAAUUUACCCAGCAGAAGGUUUCAUUAACAGAAUAAUUAAGUUGGUAUUAUAAUAUAUUCCUGAGGUGGUGGCUACAUUGUCUUAUGAUUUUGACUGUCAGUGUACAUAAUUAAAAUUAAUUUAUAGCUUGGUUUUGUAUACAGUUGGAUUCCAUCAACUGUGGAUGAAAAAUAUUUAAAAGUCAUCUCUUUGCAGCCUUCUUGUCUCACAACUUUGUUAGAUUUGACUACAAAAUAGAGAGGUUCUGUAAGGCCCUGUCUAAGGUCUGAGCAUUAGCUAGGAGAACU